GCUCUUCCCGCCUCUUUGUUGUCUCCUCUAUCGUCUUUCCUUGCAACUCUCCGGAGCUCACCAAAUAUCUGAAAGAGAGUCACGAUGAGAGAGAGCAGACGGUACCAGAGGAAUUCUCAAGCGAUCACAGGACAGGGGGAGAGCAGACGGACAAGAGCUUUCGAGGAUCAAAAGAGACUCGGAAGGUUUUCGAAGUUCAGCAAGACGCUGUUGAUGAACUCAUGGUGCUAUCUCGUCUCAAACUUCCCAGAGGAAUGGAGUUCAGAGAAAUUGUGGUUGUUGUUUUCAAGAUAUGGCAAAGUGUUAGAUGUUCAUGUCUCCAAGAAACCGGAUAGACGGGGAGGAAGAUAUGGGUUCGUAAGAUUUCUUAAUGCCAGAAGCUCAUCGGAGCUUGAAGAGAGAUUGAACAGAGAAAAUCAGAAAACCAGAUGGGUGGUAAAAGAGGCAGUGAAGAAAGCUAACAGGGAACAAGUCGUGGUGAAAGAAGGGGUUCGAAGCAACGGAAAGGACUCGAGAUCCUUUGUUGAUGUGGUCAAAGGGAAUCAACAGGUAAGAAGUGAUCGGAAUGGAAAAAGUGAGGACUCAUGCAGUGAGAAAAAGAUGCAUGGGAUGACAGUUGAAGAGGGGAGAAAAGACGUAGGGGUUGAGUAUGAAGUAGAUGAAAAGGAUUAUCAAUGGCUAGAAGCAUGUGCAGUUGGGUAUGUUAACGCAGUGGAAGUGAUCCCAUCCUCCAGGAUAUCCUGGAGAUGGGGGGAUUCUACAAAAUUGCAGUGGUCCCUAUGCGCGAAAGCAUGGUAUUGCUAAAGUGUGAAGACAAGGAUCUGAUAAGGAAGUUGGUGGAUUCUGAUCAAGGCUGGUUAGACAAUGGUUUGAGAGGGUAAAGAUGUGGUCUCCUUUUGACAUAAGCCAAGAAAGGUUUGCAUGGAUUCGAAUUUUUGGCUUACCUCUUCAUGCAUGGAAUGAACCGGGUUUUAAAUUAAUAGGAAAUCAGUUU